UCAGAAAUGGCAUUGAACGCACCAAGCGGGAGCUGUAGCUCGAAGGUGCUUUUGCAUCCUUUGGUUAUUAUGCAAAUGUCCGAACACUACUCCAGAACAAAGGUCCAACAGGGUCCUACUGUGAAAAAAGUGUUCGGAGCAAUUCUCGGACGGCAGAAUGGACGACAAGUCGAGGCGAUCAAUUCAUUUGUUCUGAAAAUGGAGACAGAAGAAAUGGCUGAGCCGGUUACUUUUAGCACGGAGCAUCUCCUUCAAAGAGCAGAUCAAUAUCUGGAAGUGUUUCCCGAGCUCCAAGUUAUCGGUCUUUAUUGUGCUGGGGAGGAUGAUAAUCUGACUCCCGAAGAGAAACCUCUUCUCUCAAAACUCACCAAUGCGGUUCGCAAUUCAGAGAAAGCCGGACAAAUCGACGCGACACUUUUCCUUAAACUCAACUCUAUCACUGCUGGAACCACUCGUAAACUUCCACUUUUCGCGUUUGAAGCAGACGUGACUGAUCAGGAGAAGCAUAAGCCAAUUGAAUGGAUUUUAGUGUCGGAAGAAAGUGAACGUGUCGGUGUUAAUCAUAUCGCUAAGUUAUCAACGAAACAUGGAAAAGACGGGAAAUCAGUUGGAAAGAAACACGCGGAGGCUCAAGAUGCAGCAAUGAGCAUGCUUCAGAAUCGGGUUGAUCUAAUCGUUGCCUAUCUCGAAAAAGUGCAAGACGGAACACUUCAACCGAAUUUUGAAAUUUUGAAGGAAGCUAACUUGCUUGCUCAAAAGCUCAAAACCAUUGAUCGAUAUGCUGCUGAGUUCACUGAUAGUUUCGAAAAGGAAGAGAAAACAAUGACCGUAUUCUCUCUGAUGCCAAGAUUGACAACUCUUCUCGGAAAUAUGCAAAAUGUGUGGAACAAGUUGUCAGCUCAAAGAGCCGAUCUUCUCGCCGACGAUGGAUUCCAUGGAAAAUCGACAAGCCGUUGGGCUCAUCCGGUUCGAUUCAAAUCACAACAUCUCGGUCGUCCGCAGCAGGCAGAUGAAUGUUUGUUCCAGGAUGACGAUUAUUUUGAUGAUGAAGAUUUGGAGAACGAUAUGAGUGGACCACGGAGAAAAAUUCAUGCUGCUGAUUCUCCAGCUGGAUCGAGAAGACGACGUGUUCCGCCAAGAGCAAUGAACUUCCUCGGUCGGAAUUCUGGUAUGCAAGCCGCCACGGACGAAAUGGAAUUGUCAGGUCAAGAGGAAAAUAUGGGAAGCAACUAUAUUCCAGACGUUCCAAGACCAUCUGCAACAGCACACAACGAGUCGGACGAGUCGAGUCAAGCUUCAUAAAUAUCCUUUUUUUGUUAAAAAUUCACUGUAAAAAUGCCACUUUUUCUUAUUUAUUUCAUUGUUUCUCAAAUUUUUACACCACUUUACGUGUUUUUCAUCCCCAUUUAUCUGAAAUAUAAUGUCUGAUCUCCGAUUCUCGAUAUUAAAAAAAGGUUAAACGUUCCUUAUAUC